AUGAAAUAGUUAGGCUCUCGUUUACCUUCUGCUAUUCACAGUAAAAGAAUUCUCACUUAGUUUACAACAGCAUUAGAUAUAAAUAGAAUCAACUUAAAAUCCCGUUCAGAAAUUAGAUACAAAACGGAAGGAACACUAAAAACAGAUAAUGGUACAUGCACUACUUUAGAUGAAUUUUUACCUAUUUUUGGAAUAAUUGAUUUAUGGACUAUUCUAGGCUAAAAAGAUUUUUAUUUUACAUAAUCUCCAAAAGAAAUAAAAUUACUACAGCAAGCAGAAAAUGAAAUAAAUUUGACUUUUAUGGAUAUCUAAAGUAUGAAUGUAGAAAUAGAAAGUGGAUACAUUAAUACUAAAGGAUAAAUAUGUUUUAAAUAAAUUGAGUUAUUAAAAUAAACCAAAUUACUCUAUAUAAGUCUAAAAUAGAGUUAAUAAUGUAUAUACAUAUGUUUGAUUUAAGGAAUGUAAUCAAAUUUAGAAGUAUAAUAAAAUUUAAAAAAAUUUUUACUGAAUGUUUGGAGAUGCGAAACUAGAAAAUUAUGUGCUGCAUGUUAUUUUGAAUUUAUACAUAUAUUGGUUUGGGAUUAUAUGAAACAAUAAACAUGGAUAAUAUCUGGAUAUGAUCUUGAUUUACAGCAUUUACUUUCUUGCCAAAAUUUCAGCAAUUCAAAUACAUUAUAUAGAGGGAAAAAACUGAGAAGAGUUCUUUUUACCAGUAAUGAAAAUUAGAUUAAAGUGAAAAAUCUAUCAUAGAAGCAAUCUUUUUAUUAACAGAAAUUGGUGAUAGAAGAUAAAAUAAAUUUUGUGAUGGAUUUUAUAAAACCAAUAAUUUAAGAGAAGGAUCGAAUAAAUGAUGUAGUUGUAAUGAAAAAGACAUUACUUAGACCAAAAUCGAGUGUCGAAAGAGCAAAGAAAAGAAAUUUAAAUUUGAUAACAAAAAUCUUCACUCCAAAGGAAAAUUAGAUUAGUAUAAAAAAUAAUAAUAUAUAUAAAUGAUUUCGCUUCCUUCAUUCAUCAAACAUUAAUUUGGUAUUCCUGAGAAACUCUUAAAGCAAAGAACAAAAAUGAUAAUAGAUACAGAUUCUGGUGGUGAUGAUAUUCAUGCUUUACUGACAGCAUUCGAUUUAGCAACUAAAAGAAAUAUUGAAAUAAUAGGUAUCACUUGCAUAAAGUAUAAAAAAUACCUAAAGUUUUAGUGGAAACUCUUUUAUAGAUGAUGGAAUUAAAAAUAUUACCAUUGUAUAAAAGAUUGCAGGAGUUACAAUACCAAUUUAUAAGGGAUGUGAUAGAAACUUGAAAUAAUAAAUAACUUUAAGUUCUAAAUUUUUUAGUGAUGAUGGAAUUAGUGGUCAUUAGGAAAAAUAUUUAAAGGAGCUAAACAUUUCUUAAUAUCCACUCUAGCCUGAACAUGCGGUUGAUUUUAUGAUAGAAAGUGCUCUAAAAUAUAAAGAUGAAUUAGUGAUCAUAAGUUUAGGAGCUCUUACUAAUAUAGCAUGUGCUAUGAUGAAGACAGCAGAUUUUGAAGAAAAUAUAGGAUUAAUAAUUGGUUUAUGUGGUAACAUUUUAGGAUUGGGUUUCAUGAAUAAUGGAGUGGCUGAAUAUAAUGUACAUACAGACCCUGAAGCUGCUCAUCUUGUUUUUAAGGUAUUAGCUAAGAAAUUGAUAGUAAUACCAUAUGAAGGAGUCAUCUCUGUGUCGGAAUUUACAGUAUUUUAUUAAUUAAAAUUAGAUAACUAAAGUAUUUGAAUAAGAUACAACUGUCAAAGGAAAAUUUGUCAAAGAAAUUUAUGAAGGAAUGAAAAAUACAAAUAAUCGAUACGAUAUUUAAGAUCCAUUAUGCAUACUUGUUGCCACUAUGCCAGAUAUUAUAACCGAAUAUGUUGAAAGACCAUGUAAUGUCAUUUUAGAAGGUGAAGGAAGAGGAAUGGUUUCUGUCAAAUGGCUAGAAAAAAAUCCAGAAGCAAGUAUUAUUUACUUAUGAUUAUAAAAUUAGAUUUGGUGACUUUCAUCUUAAAGGUAAAUGAGAAUCAAUUAAUCUAAACUCUUAGCAAUGUUGUAAAUUGAUUCAAAACAUAUAUUAUAAA